AUGUCGGACGACGAGGAGAUGGAUAUUGACUCCAGAGAUGGAGGUCAACUCAGCCGCGCCGAAAUUGAACGACGAUUGGACGAGGAAUAUCCUAAUCGACCUCACAAUCAUUCCAAGACUCUUCCAUUUCACACACUUUUCGAAGAUCUUUUCAAUCCUCUUAUCGCAAACCGAACCAACAAACCAAUAGGCGCAAUGAUGAACCGAAGAAAAUUAGGUCCCGGUGUUCGUCCCAAAACAUCACCUGCCGAGAGGCGUCGUGCGAUCAUUGAAAGAUAUAUUGCUCGAUGGCGAAGUCAAGUCGGAGAAGACUUUUAUCCUGCUAUGCGUCUUAUCAUUCCUGACAAAGAUCGUGAUCGUGGCGUUUACGGUUUAAAGGAGAAAGUCCUCGCGAAGCUACUGGUCAAGAUUAUGAAAAUUGACAAACGUUCAGAGGAUGCCUUGAGUCUCCUGAACUGGAAAUUGCCAGGUGGUUCUCAUAAUGCCGGAGACUUUGCCGGCCGAUGCCACGAAGUAAUUUCCAAACGACCUAUGAGAGUAGACGUUGGAGAUAUGACCAUUGAGGAGGUGAAUGACCUUCUGGACAAGUUGACCGAAGCCCCAAGAGAAGAAACUCAACUGCCUGUUCUUACCGAGUUCUACAAACGGAUGAAUGCGGAUGAACUCAUGUGGUUGAUUCGAAUCAUCCUUAAACAAAUGGCCGUCGGUGCAACAGAAAAGACUUUCUUUCAUCUCUGGCAUCCGGAUGCCGAGACACUUUUCAAUGUAUCCAGCAACCUUCGGAGGGUAUGCUGGGAACUUUACGAUCCAAACACCCGUCUUGAAGGCGAUGAAACGGGAGUGACAUUGAUGCAGUGCUUUCAACCGCAACUCGCACAAUUUCUGACGGAGACACUCGACAAGGUCGUUCAAAGACUACGGCCGACCGAAGAGGACCCCGAGUUUUGGAUUGAAGAGAAAUUGGACGGUGAGCGGAUACAAUUACAUAUGAUUACCGACGACGAAGUCCCAGGCGGAAAACGAUUCAAAUUCUGGUCGCGCAAAGCCAAAGACUACACGUACCUCUACGGCGAGGGGUUUCAAGACAAGGAAGGUGCCCUCACCCAGUUUAUCAAAGACGCAUUCCGAGAUGGUGUUGAGAACAUCAUUCUUGACGGCGAGAUGAUCACCUGGGAUCCGGAAACGGAUGCUGCAGUGGCGUUUGGGACAUUGAAAACGGCCGCUCUGUCUCAACAACGCAAUCCAUUUGCAGGUGGACCAAGACCACUGUUCCGAGUCUUCGACGUCCUCCUUGUCAACGACCAAAUUCUGACCCGCUACACUCUCAGAGACCGCCGAAGAGCCUUAGAAGCCAGCGUCAAGUCCGUCCACCGUCGCCUCGAACUUCAUGAAUACCAGGUUGCCACCUCGGCGGAUGACAUUGAGCCACGGCUCCGAGAAGCCGUUGCCCAGGCGUCUGAAGGACUGGUCUUGAAGAAUCCCCGAUCAUCAUACCGUCUGGACGAUCGCUCUGGUGACUGGCAGAAGGUUAAACCAGAAUAUAUGACUGAUUUUGGCGAGUCUCUGGACUGUCUCAUCAUCGGCGGGUUCUAUGGCUCCGGCCAUCGCGGGGGAAGCCUGUCCAGCUUCCUGUGCGGUCUCAGAGCUGGUCAGGGUCCGCCACACAGUCAGAACCAGUCUCAGAGUCAGUCUGAGAGUCAAGGCCAAACUGCAUCUCAAAGUCAAGGACCGUCGAAGAAAUUUAUUUCCUUCUUCAGAGUCGGCGGCGGCAUGACUGCCAAUGACUAUGCGGCCAUCCGCCAUGAAACGGACGGGAAAUGGAUAGAUUGGGACCCGAAGCGUCCUCCAACGAAAUACAUUGGUCUCGGCUCACCAACAAACAUGGCAAAAGAGAGACCCGAUGUCUGGAUCAAGCCUGAAGACUCGCUCGUGGUAGAAGUCAAAGCCGCACAAGUGACAGCCAGCGACGACUAUGGCUGCGGUAUGACGCUGCGAUUCCCACGAUUCAAGAGACUGCGACGAGACAAGAACUGGGAAACGGCUCUGUCGCUAGAAGAAUUCCGAGACCUUCGCGAUUCGUACGAGAAGGUCCAACAACAGACGGCAAUGCAAGUGGACGACGCAAAGAAGAAGCAACGCCGAACAAAGGCGCGGAAGAAGACCGUCACGGUUGCAGGAUAUAGUGCCAAAGACGUCAAUGCCCUCACUCUCCCGGAGGGACCGGGCAGCACUGUCUUUGCUGGCCUGACAUUCUACGUCGUGACGGAAUCGGCUCUGCCGGCACCGCACAAGAAAACCAAACUCGAACUCGAAGCGCUGGUGAAAGCCCACGGCGGCAACAUCGUCCAGACGCACACAGCUGUCGAAGGCACAAUCUGCAUCGCAGCGCGUCGGACUGUGAAAGUCGCGAGCCUUGAGAAACGCGGGGAUAAAGAGAUCGUCAAGCCGACCUGGAUCUUCGACUGCAUUGAUCAAGCCAAGCGGGAUUUCGCGCGAGGGUUCUCAGAGAUGGUGGUCCCUUUGGAAUUGGAGCGGCAUUUAUUCUUCGUCCCGGAAGGCAUGAAGGAGCGAUGGGCAGACAAUGCCGAUGAAUUCGGCGACAGCUACGCCAGGGAUACCAGUAUCGACGAGCUUCGCGAGUGUAUGGCUCAGAUGCCGGACGAUCACGAGGAUGGAGAUGAGAGCCAAAUCCCAGACUUGUUUCCCGAAUAUCUCGACAUGAAAGGAUUCAUGUUUCGCGGCCUAGUGCUUUUCUUUGAUCGGCCAGAUGAAAUAAAUCAGCACAAUUCAAACGCGUCAACGUCCACGCCAACGUUAGGGACUGAGAACGAGGUAAACGAUGCCACGAUAGGGAAUAUAGCGCUGUUUGCGGGCGCAAAGAUCCUGCCUAGUGACAACCUCGGUGCCGUGUCUGACGACGAGAAAUCUACAAUCACGCACAUCAUUGCCCAUGCUGACUCGGAUCUCCCUUUGCUCCGUCGCGAGGUCUCGAGGUGGAAAAGUCGGAGAAUUCCACGCAUUGUGAGUGCCGAGUGGAUACUCACAUGCUGGAGAGAGGGAACGAGAGUUGAUGAAGAGGCGUAUGUGGCGAGAUGA